AAUUCCACGGCUGGGAAUUUACGUCACCAGAGCGCGACAUUUUUGCUCUUCGCGACCGCUCCCAUCUGGCUGUGUUUGACAGGUUGAGCGCCGUUGCUGCGGAUGUGCGUACGUCAUCAGCAGAGGACGGUCUGUCUGUUUUUGCACCCUUGGCGGAAUCGUGGGCAUCGGAGCAUGGCAGGUGUGGGGUUUGAGGAAUUCUCAGUGCCUCCUGGCUCAGAACUGGCACUUCCCCCUCUUUUCGGGGGCAAUAUUCUUGAGAGUGAAUUAGAGACAGAAGUGGAGUUUGCUGAUGGGGGGCUGCAGGAGGAAGAGGAAGAAGAAGGAGUGUUACGGCAGCAGGAAAUGACACGGCGCAAAUGCCAGGCACUUGCUCGACGCUGCAAAGAAUUAGAGCAGGUGAAUGAGAGGAUGCUAAAUCGGCUGCAUCAGGUCCAGAGAAUAACAAUGAGGCUCAAACAGGAAAGAAGGUCACUCAUGAGGGUGCUGGACUCUUAUGGUGAUGACUAUAGACAGGGCCAUCUUGAUAUAGUCUUGGAGGAUGAAGGAAACCACAGCAUGGACGCCACAACACUGGGAAACACAGAAAACGAACCUCCUGAGAAAGAGACCCCCAGGCGUCUUCCAGGACCUUUGCCUGCCCAAGAAGCUGAGAGCCCCUCGCCUACCGAGGGGCCAACCAAUAAGAAGCGCCGGCGCCAUGUACGAGAGGAGAAGGAAGCAAGGUUGCGGCGUGCAACACCGGCGUUGCUUCCCAUGGAAGAGUUCACAGCCCAGAUAAAAACUGAAGAGGAUUUCCACUGUGAGCAAGAGGAUGUCUUGGCACCUACCUGGCAACAGUCUAGUCCCCGGGACAAGUUACUUCAUUAUCCCAAGUUUUCUAGCCCUGGAGCCUGUUCGGAUUUUGACUGAAGAUGGAUCGUUCCACGACCACUUGCCAAACCUCUAGGGGACAUUUUAUAUCCCUGCACGUCAGUUCGCUUUUCCUAAGUUAACAGACCACUCGGUGGUCCAGUGAACACUGUCGAAGGGUACACCUGUUCAUCUUUAAGGGAGAAAAACAAAUGGACCAUGACACUUUAAUCCAAUUGGAACUGAGACAGAGUUGCUUAGAGGAAGUUUGGACCAAGGCAAUGAACUGCACUACAUUUUAUGAAAUGAUAAAACUCAACACUCGGUGUAUAAUAGAAUUAUUCAAACCAGUAUGUAUUAAAAUGUGAAUGAACUCUG